UGCCUAUCAAACCAGGCGGCGGGGCUCCUGUCUCCGCCCUGCGCAUCCCGCAUCCAGUCGCUACAAGAGACGAGCGCAAGGGAGUGCCCUGCGCCACGGACAGGACGGGACAGCACCGCAUCGCCUGCACUGCCUGCCGCACUGCCUGCACUGAAGCCGGACUCAAUAUCCAGCCGGGAAAACACACCCGACUCCCGCCUGAGCGCCAACCCGCUACCGGAGCCUUCAUCCUCCAUCCUCCGCCAGUCGGUCGCCCUCUAAAUCGACCGGCGCUCCUCUCCGGUAGGCCUGCCGCAUUAGCAUCAUGGACGAGUUGGAUGUCCCACAGAUGAGGAGAGAAGUGGAGAGCCUUCAGUACCAGCUGGCAAUCAACAGAGAGAAAUCCUCCAUCACUGUAACUGAGCUGGUGAAGUGGAUCGAGGGCUGUGUGUGUGAAGAUCCAUUCCUGAAUCCUGAGCUGAUGAGAGCCAACCCCUGGGUGGAGAAGGGCAAGUGUGUGAUCCUCUAAUGGUCACACACGUGUGCAAACACGCAAACCACGGAUGCACAUAAACUAAAGGACCAUGCACCCACACACAAACACACACACAUAAUCAUAAUGCACUAACUCACUCUCUCUCUCUCACACACACACACACAUUGCUAUUAUAAUGUCUAUUUAUUUGGAGACCCGUGAAUGGUUUUAAUUUAUGCUGACGAGUGGAAGAUGACUUGGCCGUGUGUGUGAGUGUGCAGCACAGAGUAGCUUUUUAGAGGUUUUGUUUUGACGGACUACUGAGAAAUGUUAUCAAACAAAACGUUUUUAUUGGCUCUUUACACUGUCAAUCAAAAUAAAGACUGUUUUGAAUUUA